UAUUGUAGGCUGUCGCGAUAAUAUGUAAAUCUAACUAAAUUAAAGUUAUUGAAUUAAAAUUUAAAGGCUGUGUUUAAAGGCUAAUAGCCAAAGGAUAAUAAAAUGACGGAACGAGAUUAUGCUCCCUUGAGCUCAGCAUGCGUUCGAGGGCUUUGUGAUAAGGUUUAUGAAAAAAGAAAAUUUGCUGGAGGAGAGAUUGAAAAAAUGGUGAAAGACUUCAGUGAUGCAAAUAACACUAACCAGAUAAAGCGUCUCAUCCGUGUGUUGGGGCAGGACUUGAUGUCUUCAACCAACCCUAAUGUCAAGAAUGGUGCCCUCAUGGGGCUCUCGUCAGUGGCUGUUGGCUUGGGAAAGGGUUGUGUGUCAUAUGUUGGAGAGCUGACUCAUCCUAUCGUGGCCUGUCUCAGUGAGAGCGAAGCCAGAGUGCGAUAUGCGGCUGCAGAAGCCCUGUUCAAUGUGUUGAAAAUUGUGCGAGGAGCGGCUUUGCCCUACUUCCCCAUCAUAUUUGAUGCUCUGGCGAGAUUGGCUGCAGAUCCUGAACCACAAGUGAAGCAGGGUGCAGAACUUCUGGAUAGAUUGGUUAAGGACAUAGUGACGGAGAGCGCGUCGUUCUCGCCGGCCGCGUUCGUGCCGCUGGUGCGCGAGCGCAUGUACUCGCGCGUGGCGAGCGCGCGGCAGUUCGCGGUGGCGUGGGUGUGCGCGCUGGACGCGGCGCCGGCGCUCGGCCUGCGCGCGCACCUGCCCGCGCUGCUCGACCCGCUCUUCAGCGUGCUGGACGACCCCAACCCGGAGAUCCGCCGCAUGUGUGAGGUUCAGCUGAAUGAGUUCCUGCGCAGCAUCAGGAAGGAUCCAUCGCAAGUUGACUUUGAGGCCAUGAUCAACAUACUGAUUACGCACGCUCAGUCCACAGAAGAGCUGUUGCAGCUGACGGCCCUCACGUGGGUGCGCGAGUUCCUGGAGCUGUGCGGGCGGCGCGCGUUACCGCACGCGUCCGGCGUGCUGUGCGCCGUGCUACCCGCACUCGCCUACACAGACGAGCCACGGAAGAAAAUACGUGAGAUUGCAGCCACCGUCAACCUGCAGUUGAUCAAACUUGUUGAAUCGGAAUCUGAAAUUCCCGAAGCAGCAAUGAAAGGACUAUCACUUGAUGACAAAGAAAAGGAAAAAGUUAAACAAGAAGCAUCAAACGCAGAAGAAAAAGAAAAUAAAGAAACUGAUACUAAAGAUCAGGAAGAAAGUGGAACUGUGGGAGAGAAAUUAAAUCUAGUUGCAGUUGUCGGAGUUCUCACACAGAUGUUGCAUCACAACUCUGUGCACACGAAGAUAGCAGCGCUCGAUUGGAUUCUACACUUGUACAAUAAAUUACCUAGUGAGAUGUACCCCCAAACGGAGACAGUAUUCAGCCCUGCGCUGGGCGCGCUCACGGACGGCUCGGACGAAGUUGUGCGCCGCGCCAUAGCACUGCUCGCUGAGAUCUGCUCCUGCCAGCCACAACCCAACAAUACCACCACUAAUACCACCGCCGAUAGUAGUGAGAACGCGGAACUGCCUGUCGAUUUGGAAGCGAGUCCCUAUUAUUACAAAUUCUUGAAAGCGUUGCUGCGGUUGCUCGCCGCUGAUGAGAAUUUAUUGGAAGACCGGGGCGCUUUUAUAAUCAGGCAGCUGUGCGUGCUGCUGCCGGCGGAGGAGGUGUACCGCGCGCUGGCGCACACGCUGCGCGGCGAGCGCGAGCUGCGCUUCGCGGGGCGGCUCGUGGACGUGCUCUCCGCCAUCCUGCUCACCGCGCCCGAGCUGCACCACACGCGCCGCCGCCUGCGCGCCUUCCGCGACCCGAGCACGCACGCGCUGUUCAAGUCGCUGUACCAGUGCUGGUGCCACAGCGGCGUGGCGCUACUCGCGCUGUGUCUGCUCACACACAACUACACGCACUGCAACCGGCUCAUAUCCACAUUUGGUGAUCUUGAAAUCACUGUAGAGUUUCUUACAGAGAUCGACAAAUUAGUACAACUUAUUGAAUCGCCAAUAUUUGCAUACCUGCGUCUGGAGCUGCUCGGGGGCCAGCAGAGCGCGGCGCUGCGGGGCGCGCUGUUCGGGCUGCUCAUGCUGCUGCCGCAGGGCGCCGCCUUCCACGCGCUGCGGCACCGCCUGCACACCGCGCCGCCGCCCGACACGCCCCUACUGCUGCCCGAGCAGCAGGCCGCCGACGGGGUAGCGCCGGACAUCGACUUCGAGGCGCUGCUGGAGGAGUUCCGCGCGGUGCAGAGCGCGCACCGCCGCUACCGCCUCGCCGAGCGCCGCGACCGCCGCGACCGGCCCUGCCUGUAGCGCACACCCCGCCCCCGCGGGCAGGCCUACACGCACCGACACACGCACACUCACAAACAUCAACACAAACACGUACGCGACGUGCCCGCGAGUGAACACACCCACGUACGCACUCACACUCACACCCACAUACACACUCACACCCGCAUAGACGCUCGCAACCGCACGUACGCUCACAACCACACACACAUUCACAAUCACAAACACACUCACACCCCCGCUGAUACCGCCACACAAACCUACACGCGCACGUACAGUAACACACGCACAUACUCACGAAGGGACUGUCAAUAAACUACAAAACUCGCAGUUAAAAAAAUCCACAAGCAAAACUAUUAACGCUUCUAUUAGGCAAAGUUUUCAAAUAAGCUUAAGAUGUUAAUUUGAAUAUGUACAUGUUGUUGUGUAUGAUAGAGAACCCUCCCCCUCCUCACGUUUCCCUCUACUUCUAGCUACGUAACUGUACUAACGUACAGGGUAAGAUUUGUCUCUUGUCUAAACUAACUAUUUAACGUGUAUUGUGUAUCCUGUUUCCAAUUUAUCUACUUCAAAUCCCAACUACUUAAGCAACACGAACUCGUACCGUUUCGACAGCGGAUAUAAUAUUAGCUAGAAUAUUCAUUAUAGUGACUAAAAAAUAUAAGCUAGGUGUUUAUUCACUUUAUCUGAGAUUUGUAGAUCUUGGUGUUGAGUGUUGUUGUUGUUGUAGCUGAGACAGAAUAAUUGGUGUUAAAACUUCUUGAAUAGAUGUAAAAAAUUUCUUUGUAAUUUUUUAACGUAAAGUUUUAACAAUUUUUCAAAACUUUUGGUGUCUAAAGAUUAUCAAACGAUUUAAAAUUUACUUUGGCUGAUUAGUAAGAAUA